CUUCCUGGUUGUAAACUGCUUGAGAGUGCUGACAGCCAGUCAACUUCAAAAGCAGAAACUUUCUGGCUAACUUUGGGAAGGAAUUAAAAAAAUCUUAAAGGUGCAGAUGAUAUUGUUAUGCAGCGGGAGGACUCUGCUUCCCAACCUGGAGAAAUGACAAGUUGGGAUAUAAAUGACAUCAAACUUCCCCAGGAUGUACAACAAGCAGACUGGUUUCAAGAAUGGCCAGAUUCCUAUGUAAAACAUAUCUACAGCUCAGAGGAUAAAAAUGCUCAGAGGCACCACAGUAGCUGGGCAAUGAGAAACACCAACAACCACAACUCUCGUAUCUUAAAAAAGUCCUGCCUUGGGGUCGUGGUCUGUGGAAAUGACUGCUCGACCUGGGAUGGGAGGAAGAUCUACCUAAGACCAGCCAUUUGUGACAAAGCCAGGCAAAAACAACAGCGAAAAUGCUGCCCAAACUGCAAUGGACCCCUGCGGCUCCUUUCCUGCCGAGGCCAUGGUGGUUACCCAGUCACCAACUUCUGGAGGCAUGAAGGCCAAUUCAUAUUUUUUCAGUCCAAAGGAGCUCAUGACCAUCCACGUCCAGAAACAAAACUAGAAGCAGAAGCAAGAAGAUCAAUCCAAAAAGCACAGACAGCUUUUGCUUCAUCUUCUGCAGGAUUAAAAAGAAUUCACAAGAUUGAGCCUCUGACAGGUGCGGUGCAGGAGCCUUUGCCUCCUCUUCUUCCCCAGCCCGACACCGACAUCCUGCCUGCGGAUCUCGGGGGACACUUAAGAUGCCAUCUUUUUUGA